CAGCAAGUGACGGAAGAAGUCACUGUCGAGGAAAAAGGAAAAGCACCCGUCACCACGGUUAUCGAGGGCCCUGAAGAGGAAAUUGUAGAAGAAACUGUUUUACCUUUACCUCAACUAGAAUUGGCAAAACCUGUAGAAGUAGAGGAAAUUCGGGAGCAAGUUACUGUCACCGAAGAAACUGUUGAAGGCAGAAAACCGAAGAAAAUUACAAAGAGAAAGAUUAUUAAACGCAAGGGACAGAAACAGCAAGUGACGGAAGAAGUCACUAUCGAGGAAAAAGGAAAAGCACCCGUCACCACGGUUAUCGAGGGCCCUGAAGAGGAAAUUGUAGAAGAAACUGUUUUACCUUUACCUCAACUCGAAUUGGCAAAACCUGUCGCAGUAGAGGAAAAGGAAAUUGUAGAAGAAACUGCUUUACCUUUACCUCAAUUGGAAUUUGCAAAACCUAUCGAAGUAGAGGAAAUUCGAGAGCAAGUCACUAUCACCGAAGAAACUGUUGAAGGUAGAAAACCGAAGAAAAUUACAAAGAAAAAGGUUAUAAAACGCAAGGGACAAAAACAGCAAGUGACGGAAGAAGUCACUAUCGAGGAAAAAGGAAAUGCACCCGUAACCACGGUUACCGAGAGCCCUGAAGAAGAAAUUGUAGCAGAAACUGUUUCACCUUUACCUCAACUGGAAUUGGCAAAACCUGUCGAAGUAGAGGAAAUUUGGGAGCAAGUUACUGUCACCGAAGAAAUUGUUGAUUGUAAAAAACCUAAGAAAAUUACAAAGAAAAAGAUUAUUAAACGCAAGGGACAGAAACAGCAAGUGACGGAAGAAGUCACUGUCGAGGAAAAAGGAAAAGCACCCGUCACCACGGUUACAGAAGGCCCUGAUGAGGAAAUUGUAGAAGAAACUGUUUUACCUUUACCUCAAUUCGAAUUUGCAAAACCUGUCAAAAUAGAGGAAAUUCGAGAACAAGUUACUGUCACCGAAGAAAUUGUUGAAGGCAAAAGGCCGAAGAAAAUUACAAAGAGGAAGAUCAUUGAACGCAAGGGCCAAAAACAACAAGUGACGGAAGAAGUUACUGUCGAAGAGAAAGGAAAAGUACUCGUGACAACGGUUACUGAAGGUCCUGAGGUAGAAAUCGUUGAGGAAAUUGGUGUUUCUUUAUCUCCUUGUGAGUUUAGUGAACCUAUUGAGCCACCUAUGUUAACAAAUGAUGAAGAUGGUGAAGAACAACGCACAACAAGAGUAACUGUCGAUGAUGAAAGUAAAAUGCAUCACACUGACUUAGUUACAACUAAUCUUCACGCAGACACCGCUAUACCAGAAAUACACGAUAAACUCAAACACAAAGAACUGACAAAACAUAAGAUUAAUAAGAAUGUAUUAAAAGGUACUUUGGAGGAAUCAAUAUAUCAGCAACAAGAAGAAUUGUACGAAAUUCCGGAAGAAGGUGUAGAGAAAGUAAUAAUGGAAGAAGUAGAUAAACAAAAUGCUCAACUUUUGAUAGAGCAAAAUGAGUCUGUGAAAACGAUGAUAGUAGAUAUUAAAGAAAUACCAAAGGAAGAAGAGAAUAAAUCUGUUAUCGAAGAAGAAGUGAUUGAAACCAUCGAAACACCCACGCAAAAAGUCAUUAAAAAGAAGAAGCGUCCAAAGAGAAAAGAUGAACUUGUUGAAUCAAUUGAAAAAGCUACCGUUGAGGAAGGCGUAGAUGAAAUUGUAACAGACAAGCCAAAACAAGAAAGAGCUAAAGUUAUUGUUGAAGAAAGUCAAGAAACAAUCACGUUAACAAAAGUAGAUGUAUGUAAAGCAGCUGUUGAGAUGCCAGAAGAAAAAAUAGAUAUUAAAGAGGUAGUAAUAGAAACUAUCAAAACACCUAUAGCAAAAUUAGCAACGGAAGAUCAGCAUGAGCAAAUUAUAAAAGAAAUUGUACAAAAAUCAAUUAAAGAAACCGAAAUAACAGAAAAAGAAAAAAUUGUUGAAAAUGUUGAAACACCAACAAAAAAAGUUAUAAAAAAGAAAACAGCAAAGACUCAUGAUGAUAAUAUACCAGAAGAAAUUGUUGGAGAAAUUAUUAUAGAGAAACCAAAGAAGGAACAAGCUGAACUACAUUCUCUUCGAAAGAAGUAUCGAAGUAACGCAGAUUUUAGCUGAAUCACCCGUUACCACACUCACAGAAGAUAAAACCAAACCAAAGAUGUUGUGGUGUCCGAAAUUAAAGAUGAAAAGGAUAUAUUGAAAAAAGUUUUAAAAAAA